AUGGUCCCUGUAGGCGAUGUUAGCAUUGAUGCAGAGAAAGCAAAUGAUUUUCUGACUCACUCCAGACCAAAGCGUAAUGCGGACCCUCGGUGGUACAGAGGAAACCCAGACUUCCAGGCUUACUACAAAUACUACAGCAGCAUCGGACACACUGAGGGGCUCUAUGAGAUCGACAAGCUGCGGAUGCUCUACCAGCAGAUGAGGUACCUGGAGCACACCUAUGGCCCUGAUGCUUCCUAUUUCCAGAGCAAACUGGGAGUGCCUAUGAUCAUGUGUGACCCAGCUACAGACAAGAAGUGCAAAGUUGUUGCUCCUCCUCCUCCUCCUCCUCCACCGCCGAUGAAAGGGGUCCCAAGACCCACGGAGCCUCCUGCUCUUCCUAUUGCUCCAGCCAUUUCACAGGCCGAUGUGCUCUACCUGUGUAACCAAAAGGACCCCCUCUGCAAGCCUCACAUUGUCUACAUGCCCACAGGUGCAGUACCUGUGCUCUGUGACCCUCGGUACCACCCCCACUGCACUCCCCAGAAGGUUGCACCAGCUCCCGUGGCAGUGCCUCAACCACCUCCUCCUCCUCCUAAGAAAUCUGGCCCACCUCCACCUCCCCCAGUCUUUGUCAAGAAGUCUCCCCCAGCUCACAUCCGCAACUUUAAGGGCAUGGAGUACGAUUGUGACCCCUACUGGGAUCCCGACUGCCUGAUUGACAACCCACCCAGGCCCAUCAAAGGAAAGGUUGUGGUCCCGCCACCCCCACCCCCUCCGGUCGAGGAGGAAGAACAUGUGGAGGAGCCAGCACCUCCUGCACCCAUUGAGAAGAAAGUAACCUACUACCCUCACCCUUACUACUACCAGCACCCUCUACCCUACAACCCCAGGGAUGAUCUGUACGAUCCAGCCCGCUUCCAGUAUCCACGGCCUGCUGAUGCUGCUGACGAGCCUGCAGAGGAGAGCCAGUAAAACAUCCAGAGGGAACAAAACAGACUAUGAAAACAUCCAAGUUGCACACUUUCACAUCUUUUAAAUGUAAUGUUAAUAAAACCAAUGUCUUAGCGCAUUUUUAGAUGCAGUGUAAUUACAUCGAUGACUCAAUGUGUAACUGCCAGUAUGUGAAAAAUCAAUUUUCUUUUUGACAAGAAUAAAUUGUAACAAAUCAGUUUUUCAUCAGCGAGUAGCAUUUUGAGUUGGAAUAUCCUUUUUGAAAGGUGCAAAGUAGCCUCAAAAGGAAAGCUUUGCUCCACCCAUCGCCACAUGGCAGGUAAAAAUCACUUGUGAAGUACCAGCAUGCAUGCUGGUAGGCCAUUAUGUCUGUUCUGCUGUACAUUUAAUAGCCAAAUAAAUGCUGACUCCUGUUAUUUUCCAUACACUCUGGAGCAAUAAGUCACCCUGCAGUCUUUUUCCUGCCUCUCUGUCCAAAACCUAUAAGGGCAAUCAAACAGCAGGAACACAACUUCAGAAGGUGAUCUGCAAACGCGCUGCU